AUGAAGAAGAGCAGGAGUGUGAUGACUGUGACUGCAGAUGAUAAUGUUAGAGAUUAUUUUGAAUGCAGCUUGAGUAAAUCCUACAGUUCUUCCAGUAACACUCUUGGGAUCGACCUGUGGAGAGGGAGGAGGUGUUGCUCGGGGAACUUACAGUUACCACCACUGUCUCAGCGGCAGAGCGACAGGGCGAGGACCCCCGAGGGAGAUGGGCUCUGCAGACCCACCACGCUGCCUCUGACGACGCUCCCCAGCAUCGCCAUCACCACUGCGAGCCAGGAAGGCUUUGAUGUGGAAAAUGGCCCUUCCCCUGGUCGGAGCCCGCUGGACCCCCAGGCCAGCUCGUCCUCGGGGCUGGUGCUCCACGCCACCUUUCCCGGGCACAGCCAGCGCCGAGAGUCCUUUCUCUACAGAUCAGACAGCGACUAUGACCUGUCUCCAAAGGCCAUGUCGAGAAACUCGUCGCUUCCAAGCGAGCAACAUGGCGAUGACUUGAUUGUGACUCCUUUCGCCCAGGUGCUUGCCAGCUUGCGAAGUGUGAGAAACAACUUCACUCUACUGACAAACCUUCAAGGAGCAUCCAACAAGAGGUCCCCAGCGACCAGCCAGCCUCCUGUGUCCAGAGUCAACCCGCAAGAAGAACCGUAUCAAAAGUUAGCAAUGGAGACUCUGGAAGAGCUGGACUGGUGUUUAGACCAGCUAGAGACCAUCCAAACCUACCGCUCCGUCAGUGAGAUGGCUUCCAACAAGUUUAAAAGAAUGCUGAACCGGGAGCUGACACACCUCUCAGAGAUGAGCCGGUCUGGAAACCAGGUGUCUGAAUACAUUUCCAAUACUUUCUUAGACAAGCAGAAUGAUGUGGAGAUCCCAUCCCCCACCCAGAAAGACCGGGAGAAAAAGAAGAAGCAGCAGCUGAUGACGCAGAUAAGCGGGGUGAAGAAGCUGAUGCACAGUUCCAGCCUGAACAACACAAGCAUCUCCCGCUUCGGGGUCAACACUGAAAAUGAAGAUCACCUGGCCAAGGAGCUAGAAGACCUGAACAAAUGGGGCCUUAAUAUCUUCAAUGUGGCUGGAUACUCACACAAUCGGCCCCUGACCUGCAUCAUGUAUGCCAUAUUCCAGGAAAGAGACCUCCUGAAGACGUUCAAAAUCUCAUCUGACACAUUCGUGACCUACAUGAUGACCUUGGAAGACCAUUACCACGCCGACGUGGCGUACCACAACAGCCUGCACGCGGCUGACGUAGCCCAGUCAACCCAUGUUCUCCUCUCCACGCCAGCCCUAGAUGCAGUCUUCACAGAUCUGGAAAUCUUGGCCGCCAUCUUUGCAGCUGCCAUCCAUGACGUUGAUCAUCCUGGAGUCUCCAAUCAGUUCCUCAUCAACACAAAUUCAGAGCUUGCUUUGAUGUACAAUGACGAGUCUGUGCUGGAAAACCAUCACCUUGCCGUGGGCUUCAAACUGCUACAAGAAGAGCACUGUGACAUCUUCCAGAAUCUCACCAAGAAGCAGCGCCAGACGCUCCGGAAGAUGGUGAUCGACAUGGUGUUAGCAACUGAUAUGUCCAAACACAUGAGCCUGCUGGCAGACCUGAAAACCAUGGUGGAAACCAAGAAAGUCACAAGCUCGGGCGUUCUUCUCCUGGACAACUACACUGAUCGCAUACAGGUCCUCCGCAACAUGGUACACUGUGCAGACCUGAGCAACCCCACCAAGUCCUUGGAACUGUAUCGGCAGUGGACAGAUCGCAUCAUGGAGGAGUUUUUCCAACAGGGAGACAAAGAGCGGGAGAGAGGAAUGGAGAUUAGCCCAAUGUGUGAUAAGCACACUGCUUCUGUGGAAAAAUCCCAGGUGGGUUUCAUCGACUACAUCGUCCACCCACUGUGGGAGACUUGGGCCGACCUGGUGCAGCCCGACGCUCAGGACAUUCUGGACACACUAGAGGACAAUAGGAACUGGUAUCAGAGCAUGAUACCCCAGAGCCCCUCCCCGCCGCUGGACGAGAGGAACCGGGAUUGCCAGGGCCUGAUAGAGAAGUUUCAGUUCGAACUGACCCUGGAGGAGGAUGAUUCGGAAGGACCCGAGAAGGAGGGGGCGGGCCACAGCUAUUUCGGCAGCACGAAGACACUUUGUGUGAUUGACCCAGAGAACCGGGAUCCACUGGGUGAGACCGAUGUCGACACUGCAACAGAAGACAAGUCCCCGACUGACACCUAGUCUCCCUGUCCUCGGGGAAGGACCUCCCACCCUUGAGGAGCAGGCGAGCUGUGUGGCAUGGCCAGCCCACCACAGGGCGAGGCCUGCGUGAGACAGAGGCCACCUGCCUUUCCAGGUACCGGAGUUUGGGGCCAGAUCACAAGGCAGAGAAGCGAAGAACAGCUCGGGAAACCCGAGGUCGACUUGCCUCACUCGCAAGCUUGGCAGAGAGCUGGGGCUCUGUGUGGUAGCGUGGGCCAGUUCCAAUCAUGACCAAAUGGCUUGAACACGGAAGACACAAAACUGAGAGAUUUCUCCGCACUCAGUUUCGGGCCCUGCCCGACUAGUGACUGAACUCACUGACUAAUAACUUCACUGAUAAAUCUGCUCACUGUCCCCUGUGUGCCAACCUGUGUGCCUUUUUUGUAAAACAUUUUCAUGUCUUGAAAAUGCCUGUUGAAUACCUAUAGUACCAACUUCUACACAGAUAAGCGUUCAAAGUUGAUAUAAACUUUUUUGAUUCUUUCUGGGGGAGAAAAAAAAAGAAAGAAAACAGUCUUCCUUUUUUCUUGGGCAAUAUCUUUCGCUUUCCUACAGUUAACUUUUGCAAACAGAAAAGAUGCACUUCUAACCACAUUCUACUUCCUUCCGCAGUGGCCCAGUCCAGCUCCACAGUGGCCCUUGUCACUUAGCUCUGUUUGCUUGCUUCAAACAGUACUGUCCCCCCGAGGUCUCACUGUUUGUGCUAGAAACAGAAACACAUCAGCCACACUGUGGGGCAGCGCAGGGUAGCUGUGCUGUAGCCACAGGUGAACACGGCUGCCUACCUGCUUUGUCUUUGGCCUCUGAGUCACACGGCCCGACCUGUCCCUCUCCCCAGUCCCAGCACUGUUUCCAGGUUGAUCUCCCUGUUUUUCUCUUGCACUGCCUUUCACGCUAACACCUCCAUUCCUGUUGAUAACCAUGUAUUUAUUACUUCAUGUAUAUACUGUAAUGUUUUGUAAGUUAUUAAUUUAUAUAUCUAACAUUGCCUGCCAACGGUGGUGUUAUAUUUGUGUAGAAGACUCUGCCUAAGAGUUGCGACUUUUUCUUGUAAUGUUUUGUAUUGUGUACAAUAUUAACCCAGACACCGCUUUGGAGAGACAGAGGGCCCCUCCCUCCCUGUGCACGCAGUCCAGACAGGGGAGGCGUGGGGCCCACAGGGCAGCCCUUUCCCUGUCUGAGUUACCAAUGAUGCACAACCCUUUGUGAACCAGUUUGCAAGCAGGAUCCUCACAUUAGAUAUAAAAUGGUUUACAUCAAGCUUUUACUUUUGUAUAGUUUAAUAAGGGGUGGGGCAAAGGCAUGCGGUUUUUACCCGUGUUUUAUCCAAAUCUGUGUACACGUGAGCUGGGUUAUAACUGGAUUAUACUCCAGUUGUGGCUUCGGUUCCAAAAGCAACACUACAUUUGCUCACAAAAGAGUCUUCUGAAUGUCCCCAAACUACUGACUUUUGAAGAGCUAGCAUCCUGCCUGCUAUACUGGGGGAGUGUCAUGUUCCAACUCAUUAUGGAAGAAAACAAUAGAACAAUGUGAAUUUUUAUAAUAAAAUGUGAACUGAUGUAGUAAAUUAUGCAAAUGUGAAGCUUCUUCUGAUGACACCUGUUAGGCCUCUUCCUGGUGUUGUUUCAGUUUGUAAAAUAUGUUUCAAGCUUCAGUUCAGUGUUAUGACGCAAUAGCUAGGGAAAUAGCACAAGCGUGCGUGACCAUGGGUUGUACGUCUACCAACACUGCAUUGUUCCAGGUGGACAUCUUACUGUUUUCCAAAGUUUCUCACAAUGUACGUUAUAGUAAUAUUAUUAUAUAUUGUGCUCAAAUGCAUUCUUAAGAGACUUUUAUAUGAAGUGAAUAAACAAAAGCAUGAUUAGAUUAGACUGUAGGCCCAGUUAUUUUGCGUUUAGCUCUGAUGUAUUAAAGCAGAUUUUUUCUCAUUUCUCCUUCCAUAUCCUACAAAGAAAACCAACCACUAUGCCAGCCAACAUCACAUGUGAAGUUUCGGAAUCUGUCCCCAAAGUCCCAUUGCUUGGAACAUUUCACUCUUUUUCUUAGCAACUGUUGAGCCAGCCCAGCAGUGCCAGAAGAGGAAGGAGUGAAGGAAACAAAACCAUUGUGUUCAUCCUGGAUUGUUUUUUUCUACCUCUUUAAGAACCUGAAGAGGUAAUCUACUCAAUAAAUAAAAGGCAACUUCAUCUUG